GCACGAUCCUCUCUAAGGAAUGAUUCGCGAAUUAAGCUGAUGCGGAUUUUAGGAGUGAAACUAUAUGAAGGAAGGCCCGUGGGGUGAGGAUGAUGAGGAGGAGGAGGAAGAUGCUGGACAAUAAAGAGCCGAAACUGCGCGCUUCGCUGAGAGGAUCUUCGUUUUUUAUAGAGAAUUUGCUGCGGGCCUCUGGAGGAGAUUCCUCAUCAGCUGAUGAUGAAGGGGAGAAUCCAGGAGGUUGUGAUGGAUCCGAACCGACGGAAACGGGAAUUCUCAGGAAAAGCUGGACCGCUCCAAACGCGGAGAACGGCGAAUCUACAAGUUCUAAUGGCAGCUCAGAUGAACCUCCCGCGUCUGCAUAUGCACGGGAUUCCCCGGGUCUACCGGGGCAGCCCGGGGAAGACGGGGAUCGGGAGGAGACUGGUCGGUCUUCAUGUGUCUCCGCCGAGGACAGCUGUGAGACAGGAGAAGCACAAGUGGUGAGGAAGAAGAAGAAGACGCGAACCGUGUUCAGCCGGACUCAGGUGUUCCAGUUGGAGUCUACUUUUGACCUGAAGCACUACCUGAGCAGCUCUGAGCGAGCCAGACUGGCUGCCGCCCUGCAGCUUACAGAGACCCAGGUGAAGAUCUGGUUCCAGAACCGAAGGAACAAGUGGAAGCGUCAGAUCAGCGCUGACAUGGAGGCUGCCAGUGUUCUUGUCCCCUACGUGGUUCGCAGGGCUCCUGUGCAGUAUCAUGAGGAUGCUGGUCCAUCUCAGACCCUGAGCAGCCUUCCUCACAUGUCGUCACCGGUCCUAACUCUCUCAGAUGCUGUCCCACAUCCUUUGAUCCACCACUUCAUCCAUCCAGUACCAAUCACAACACCUCAGAUGAGUGGACUGGUGUGACUGAAAGCAAAGGGUCAGACCUCUUUUACCCAUUGUAGAUUGCCACUUGAACAACCUCAGGUUGGAGAAAUAAAGAUCAUUCUUAUAUCUGUGACGGUUUUCAGUCAUCCAGGUCAUUGUAGUCUAAGGAGCUUUGAAAGAAAAGCGUCUGGACUUCUUUGAGUUGCUUGAAGACAUUUCACCUCUCAUCCGAGAGGCUUCUUCAGUUCUAAGGUCAAAUGGUGGAGAGUCCCAGAUUCAAACCCAGUGGGAGUUUCCCCCCGAAGAGGGAACAAAAGACCCCCUGAUGAUCUUCUACAUAAACACAUGAGCCAAGGUGUGAGGGUGGGUGUGGAUCCUAUUCAGCCAGAGUUUCAGGUGAGCUCAUUGUGAAACCUGGCCCCACCCUAUCAUGUGAAUUCCUGAGGUCAGAUGGCCCAGGAUAUGCGUGGGCGUUGAGGCAUCUGGGAAGGGAUCUCAAAACUGGAUGGCAGACAGUUGGUGUCGUAAACCACCGCCUCUGUUCAAAGAUGGUUGCUCACAGUGGACAUAAAUGGCUUCCUUUACUCCUCUUUCAAACCAUCUGUCCUCUCUGUCCAAAAUGUGAACGCUGGCAUCCUCGAAAGAGUGACCUUUGUCCUUUAGAUGCAAAUGAACUGCUGAGUCCUGUCCCGUGGAGGUGGCUCUUCUAUGUUGUGCCAUGCGCUUGUGAAGUGGCUGUUUGGUUUCUCCGAUGUAGAGGUCUGGGCAUUCCUCGCUGCACUGUACAGCAUACAUACAUACAAAGAUCAUUCUUAUAAAAUUUACACGCUAAUGGCUAUCAAUUACCAUAUUGUUUUGCCUUACACAGUUACUGUAAUUGAAGUUUCUCCAGGCUUCACAGGAAAUAGCGACUGCUAGCUGCUGCUAAUGCUGUCAGUGUUUUAGCAUAUUCAUGUUGUUCAGAUUAGACAUUAUUUUCUCCUAAUUUAAGCUGUUCAAUGAGCUACAUAUACCAGGUAACACGGUUUCCAUACAUUUCACGAAGAAGUCCAUUUUAGAAGAUCUGAACUGUUCUUUUAAAGGAGGAGAGAAACCUGAAAAGUGUGAGUCACUUAAGCUUUAUCAGUCUGAUCCUCUGGAUCGUAUGAAUUUUAUUUCCAACGUUCUGCGUAUACUCAAGAAUUUCCACUGACAACAUACAAAACCACUUCAAAUCGGUUUCUUAAAUUCUUUCUGGCAUAAUUCUCCAGGUUUUUCAUCUCACCCCAAAUGUUAAGCUUGUCCGUAAUUUAAAACAUAUCAAGGUAAUUUAAUGGAAGAAAUCGAAACACAAUCAUUUAAAAAGAAAAGAGCUUUUGAUUAUUUUAUUGUUGUCACUUGUGAUUUUGAUUGCUAGCAGAAAGACAUGUUAACAGUAAUGUUUAGCACUCUUCUUUCACUUUACAUCUACUUAAAAAUUUGUAGGCUAUAGUUUUGUACACUUUAUGUUCACAUAAAUAAAAUAUUUGAACCACAUGUUACACUUUUUGCCCCUUUGUGUGGUUUUGACAUGAGACAUUUCAUUGAAGACAACCAGUUAGCUAAAUUCAGAUCUUGGAAAUGGCCAUUUUGAUGUUUGUUUCUGUGUAAAAGUUAAUCCACUAUUGGACCAUCCAGUUGUGGGUGUCACCGAAUCGCUGCAUGUCCCCUUGGUCUUCCACUCAUUACACACUCACGUAUUUAUCAACAGAACACCCCUGACGUGAGACGUUCUCUGCUCAGUAAUACCUGAGAAGGAGAAACAGCCGGCUGCUACCACUUCAACUUUAGGACAAACUAACAGAGUCCAAAGAAAAACACCAUUUGAAGUCACGGCCAACAGACAUUUGGACAUAGAAAACGGCAACUGGUGUCUAGCCCUAUCUCGUUUUGUCCAGCAUCAUGGGUUUAUGGUUCUGGGAGAAGCGUCUCAGAGGGAAGAUUGGUGUUUGCCUUCAAAACCUAGCUUGUCUGCAGAUACACCGUAACAGCUGUAAAAAGACAAUGCAUAUUUUUUACAUGUAAUCUCUGGAAGUAUCAAUCGAAACUUUGUUAAAAAUGAAUAAAAUGAUGUCCAGUCUUUGAAAAUUAUUGGUGGCUUUGUACCAUAUAACCAUAAAAAUCAGGCCUUAACGUACAUAGGGCGCAGGUUUAGCGUCUUUGGGGGAUGCUAUAUUAGACGUCAUGUUUCCUUCUGGCCAGCUUGGGGUCCUGGUCCUGUUGAUGAUGUCACACUAGAUGAUUGGCUGGAUGUACGACUUAUGGAAGUUAUUCUACCAUGUUUGAAAAUGCUUAGGUAGUAAGUAACACAAAUUUAACAACAAAACUGCUAAACUCUUGCCAAAACCUACGUGAAAGAAUAGAAUCAAAAUGUUGCAAUACAUUUUGGUUGAGAGGUAUUGUCGUAGUACGAUGAUGUCAUCUGCAGGCGUAAAACCCCGAGCAGAUUUGGAAACUACAGCGCCAGAAAACUA